CAGAUGGUGCUGGUCAUACAUCAAGGAUGUGAUGUGCUUUUAUUACCUCCCCAACCGUACAGCCGAUAAGAUGGGCGAGACGCGAUCGCCCCUGGUGCCGUUCUGGACAGUGUUGCUGCUAGCGAUCGGUGCAGGCGUUCAUUAUGCGCACGGUGCCAACAUUCUUGCCCUGAUGGGUGUGCCUAGUCCGAGCCAUCACAUUUGGAACCGUGCGCUGGUGAAUGCGCUAGCUGCCCGUGGCCACAACCUGAUCGUCGUAUCGCCGGACGUAGAGCGAAAACCGCCACCGAACGUGACGUACAUCCAUCUGGAGAAAACGUACGACACGAUCCACGAGGGCGCGACGGCGAUCGAUUUCUACGAGAUGGGCCAAUCGAGCAUACUGGAGAGCAUGCGGAUCUUCUACGACUACGCGAUCUCGAUGUGCAUCGGCAUACUCGGGUCGGAGGGAUACCAGACGAUCAUGAACUAUCCGCGCGAUACCAAGUUCGAUCUGGUGCUGUACGAUUUCACCUGCGGUCCGUGUCUGCUCGCUGUGUACGACCGGUUCGGCCAACCACCGAUGGUUGGUGUGACGGGCUUCAACACACCGCCCUACACGACCGAUCUGAUCGGGGGCCACAAGUAUUACGCCUACGUACCGUACUACACGCUGGACUACGACAGCAGUAUGAACUUUUUCCAACGAUUCUACAAUGCCGCACUCCAUUGGAUUGAUUACUUCUAUCGAAACUACAUCUUCCUUCCGGAAACGGAUCGUCUUGUACGCGAGCACGAAAAGGCAAACGAUCUUCCCUAUCUCGGUACGAUGGAUCAGAAAAUGAUGCUUAUGCUGGUGAACUCUCACCAUUCCGUAGACUUUCCCGAACCGAUCCCUCAAAACAUGAUCCAGGUCGGUGGGCUACAGAUCAUUCCAUCGAAGCCGCUUCCAGCCGAUAUCGAUCGCUUCAUCCGGGCCGGAAAGAAGGGUUCCGUGCUGUUUUCUCUCGGAACGAACGUGCUCAGUAAAGAUUUGGGUCCGGAGCGGAUCAAAGCGUUCCUGCAAGCGUUCCAGCAAAUGCCGGCCUAUAACUUCCUGUGGAAGUUUGAAACGGACCUACCGUACGAUCUGCCGCCGAAUGUUAUGAUGAAGAAGUUUCUGCCACAGAAUGAUAUUCUCGCCCAUCCGCAUGUGAAGGGCUUCAUGACGCAUGGAGGGUUGCUGAGUACGCACGAGGCAACGUGGCACGGUGUGCCAAUGAUCGGUAUCCCCGUGAUCGCUGAUCAGUAUCGGAAUCUCGCUAAAUCCAUCCGCGCUGGUGUAGCGGAAAAGAUUAGUCUGUGGGAUUUAACCACGGAGAAAAUACGCAACACGGUGCUGAAGGUGCUGGAGUCACCCCGCUACCGUGACGCCAUGAAGGUACGAUCGGAGCUGUUCCGCGAUCAAUCGGAACAUCCGCUCGAGCGGGGCGUCUGGUGGGUCGAAUGGGCCCUACGCCAUCCGAACGCGAAGACGAUCCAAUCGCCCACCCUCGAGCUUGGACCGUGGCGAAGCGAACUGUACGACGUGAAGGCCUGCCUGGUGCUGGCCGUACUGUUGGUCGUUUAUUUGCUGCACAAAACGGGCAAAGCACUCUUUGCGAAAGCUUCCCAGACGGGUAAAGCGAAAAAGAAAGUACUCCCCAGCCCAAGCCAUCACAUCUGGAACCGAGUGUGGAUCGAGGCACUCGCUGCCCGCGGCCACAACCUAACGGUAAUAUCAGCGGAUGUGGACGAGCGAAAAGCUCCACCCAACAUCACCUACAUCCAUCUCGAGCAUGCCUACUCGGAUCUGCACACGGAGCUCGAUCUGUUCCAAAUGGCGUCCCACAGCGCACUCACCGGAAUAAAGGACCUAUACGUCUGGGGUACGGCCAUGUGCAGUGGAGUACUACGCUCCAAGGGUUUGCAAGUAAUUCAAGCCUAUCCAGACGAUUUCCGGUUUGAUUUGAUCGUCGCGGACAUCACCUGUGGACCGUGUCUGUUUCCACUGAUACAUAAAUUCCACCAUCCACCACUGAUCGGUGUAACGGCGUACAACAAUCCACAGUUUACGGCGGAUUUCGUCGGCGGACACAAGCACUACGCGUAUGUGCCGUUCUUCACGUUAAACUACGACUCCGAUAUGACCUUCUAUCAGCGAUUCUACAACUGGGUCCUGCACAAUGUCGAUCAUUUCUAUCGCCAUUACGUGUUUCUUCCCCGCAUCGAGCAGAUGGUGCGCAACCACUUACACUACCCUGGCAUGCCAUCGUUGGAGCAGAUGGAGCACAACACCGUACUGCUGCUUGCCAACUUCCACUACUCUGUUGACUUUGCCGAAUCAAUCGCACCGAACCACAUCCCGGUCGGUGGACUGCAGGUGCGACCCGCCAACCAUCUUCCAGACGAUCUGGCCACCUUCAUUGCAGCCGGUAGGGAAGGAUCGGUGUUGUUCUCGCUUGGCACCAAUGUAAGAAGUGCCGAUCUGGGGAAGGAACGCAUCCACAUGUUCCUGGAUGCGUUCCGCCAGCUGCCGGAGUACAAUUUCCUGUGGAAGUUUGAAGAGCUGCCACCGUUUGAGGUUCCUGCGAAUGUGUUGAUAAGGGCGUUCUUGCCCCAGAACGAUGUGUUAGCGCAGCCGAACGUUAAGGCGUUCAUUACGCACGGCGGAAUGCUGAGUACGCACGAGGCAACGUGGCACGGUGUGCCGAUGGUUGGGAUUCCUUUUAUCUGCGAUCAGUAUCGGAACCUCCACAAAUCGGUAACUUCCGGUGUUGCACUUCGUCUAACUCAUGAUUCCCUCUCGGUGGAGCAAAUUCUAUCAGCUCUCCGGGAGAUACUAACCAACACCAGCUACCGAGAUGCCAUGAAGCGCCGCUCCGCGCUGCUGCGCGAUCAACCGGAACAUCCGCUCGAUCGAGCCGUCUGGUGGAUCGAGUGGGUCCUACGUCAUCCCGACGGGAAGGCAAUACAAUCACCCACCAAGCAUAUGACAUUCUGGCAGUACGAGCUGUACGAUAUAAAGCUGGCACUGAUACUACUUACCGUACUGGCCGUUUGCUGCUGUAAGCGUAUUUGCACACGCUCCGACAGACGCUCGUAUCGCAAUGUGACCCUGUCUCGUCUACUCACACACCCAGAGGCAAUGUACGAUGAUGACCGCGGAAUCAUUCUUCGCUCAGCUAACGCUCAUCUCGCGCUAGUUCAUAAGAUAACGGCGAUGCGUGCGAACGUAUCGCUUGUUGCGCUCUGCGCACUAGCGGCACUGUCCGCCGUCCAGACAGCAAACAUCCUCUGCAUCAUGACCGUGCCUAGUCCGAGCCAUCACAUUUGGAACCGUGUCAUCAUGGAGGAGCUGGUAGCCCGGGGCCACAAUGUAACGGUCGUCUCGCAGGAUGGUGAUGCGUCGCGCACCAACCUUACCUACAUCAUGCUGGAAAAGGUAUACUCCACCCUGUACGAAGACGAAGGGCUUGAUCUGCUGGAAGUGUCGAAAGAAACCCCCUUUCAAUCACUGUUCACCUUCCGCGAGUUCUAUCUCGGCAUGUGCCGGGGUGCGCUCAAGUCGAACGGAUUGAACGUGAUCCUCAACUAUCCCGACAGCUUCCGGUUCGAUCUCGUACUGUACGACUUUGGCUGUGGACCGUGUUUGCUACCGUUGCUGCACAAGUUUAACUACCCGCCGCUGGUCGCACUGACCGCGUUCAGCAAUCCACCGUACUCGGUGGACAUUGUGGGAGGUCAUAAGCAUUUUGCGUACACGCCACAUUACGCCCUGCCGUACGGGUUCGACAUGAGUUUCGCCGAGCGGGCCUACAACACGUACCUCUGCCUGUGGGAUGCUGGUUUGCGUAAGUUUACCAUCAUGCCCCAGCUGGACGCAAUGGUAAGGGACCGGUUCGGCUUCAACGACAUGCCCUACCUACAGGACAUUGAGCAGCGCACGGUUCUGAUGCUGGUUAACACUAAUCCCGCGUUCGAUGCACCGGAACCACUGCCACCGAAUGUGAUUGCGAUCGGAGGAGCCCACAUUAAGGAACCGAAACCACUGCCCAGCGAUUUGGAGGAGUUUGUGGGGAAGGCCAAAAAAGGGGCCGUACUGUUUUCGCUCGGUUCCAACAUCCGAUCGGACAUGAUUGGUGAGCAGCGUCAGCGAAUGUUUAUUGAAGCAUUCCGCCAAAUGCCGGACUAUCAUUUUCUGUGGAAGUUUGAAUCGAAACUGAACCUCCCGUUGCCACCGAACGUGAUCAUACGGCCGUGGCUGCCCCAGAACAGCAUCCUGAACCAUCCCCGGACGCGAGCAUUCAUCACGCACUCGGGUGGAUUGAGCACGCAGGAAGCGUCCUGGUUUGGCGUACCACUGAUCGGAAUGCCGUUCUUUGUCGAUCAGCAUCGAAACCUCAAACGCUCCCUCAUUGGUGGUGUGGCCGAGCCGCUCGAUUUUGGGGCGCUGUCGACGGAAAAAAUACGCGCCACCGUGAUGAAGGUGCUGGAAACACCGAUCUACCGGGAGAACAUGCAGCGCCGGGCGAUGUACUUCCGCGAUCAGCCGGAAAAACCGCUCGAUCGCGCGAUCUGGUGGAUCGAGUACGUGCUGAGACAUCCGACGGUGGAGCAUCUACGCUCACCGACGCUGAAGCUGGGCACAGCGAAGUCUAAUCUGUUGGACGUGUAUGGCUUCUUUGCUGGAGUGAUCUUGUUUGUGUUAUGGUUGGCCGUGUUCAUAGUAAGGCGCGUAUGCUGUGGUCGUAAAAUGAAGACGAAAAAGAAGCAACAGUGAAUGUUGGUACGCUUUGCAGAGUGGAGAUAACUGAGAUUUUAACCUUUAUUUGCAUUAGAAAUAGUUUUGUUGUUUUAGUAAAUUUUAUAGUUGAAGAUAAAUACAAUACUGACGUCAGUAUUUACCGGUCACUUUAAAAA